UGGAGAAUCCAAUUUAGGAAAACACCCUUUGAUGAAGGAAGGAUGAAGCGAAGAGGAAUUUUUGCACAGACGUUCCCAAGUGUGACGGGCACAAUAACACCAGGACCCUCUCUGGGAGGGCUCCUGGGGCACUGCAGACCUGUUGGCACGAGAGAGGAGCCCUGAUUCAGCCCUGAGCAUCCGAGCUGGCUGUGGUUGAGGAUUAUAAGAGCUGUUUUGAUCAGGGGAAAAUUUCUGUUUUUAGCACAGGCAGCAAUUAAAAUAGCUCGCGAAUCUCAACGCCUCGGGGAGCUGUCAUAAAAGAAGGCAGAAAAUCCAUCUUCUGGACUCCUCUGCAGCUAGAGAUGAGCCUGGAGGCAGCAGAAGAGAAGAGAGCCUGAGGUUCACCUGGUGGAAAAGGACAACCCCAAGAUCUCAAGCCAGAUCCGCUGCUGUGAUCCCGAGAUGACUGUGGAGGAUCUCCGGGCUUCCAGCACCCCUUUCUCGCUCUCCUUUUCGGGCAGUGGCUUCCUGGCCCUGUACCAGGUUGGGGUGGUGCAGUCCCUGCUGGAGUUGGCUCCCGAGCUCCUCAAGUCUGCCUGCAAGGUCUACGGCUCCUCGGCCGGGUCGCUCAUCGCUGCCGCCGUCGUGUGCGGCGUCGGCCUCGAUGACCUCAAGGAGUUUUUCUUUGCACUGGCAACAGAAGUCAGGAAAACCAUCCUGGGCCCCCUGUCUCCCAAGUGCAGCUUGCUGGCCAAUCUGAAGACGGUCCUGCAGCGGAUGCUGCCCGAGGAUUCCUACCUGCUGGCCUCAGGGCGGCUGCACAUCUCACUGACACGCGUGGUGGACGGCCAGAACGUCAUGGCCUCGGAGUUCAGCUCCAAGGAGGAGCUCAUUCAGGCUCUCCUCUGCAGCUGCUUUCUUCCAAUUUACUGUGGAUUCAUCCCUCCAUCCUACAGAGGAGUGCGCUACGUGGACGGAGGGUUCACGGGCCUGCAGCCCGUGUCCAGCCUGGAGGAGCCCGUGAUCACCGUGUCCCCGUUCACCGGCGAGCUGGACAUCUGCCCCCGCGACUGCCCCGCCAUCUUCUUCUGCUUCCAGAUCUUCAACGGCAGCAUCCAGAUCUCCAUAGAGAACCUCUGCAGGAUCAGCUACGCUCUCUUUCCACCCAGCACCAUGGUCUUGAACGACAUUUUCUCCCAGGGGUACCAGGACACUGCCCUUUUCCUGUACAGGAACAAUGCCUUUGGCUUUAACUACUUCGAUGGCAAUUUCCGCUUCGGCAGCACCUGUGGGAAGAAUGACUCUGGAAAAUCCAAUGGGACACACCCCGGCCUGUACAAAAGGGUCCCUCAGUGCCUGACCCCUUACUUCCUGCCAGGCUUGUGGAAGAAGGAGCAGGUGAAUGGACUGCAGGACCCACUGGCAAAGGUCCUGCUGCAGCCCUACAGGCUCCCAGCCUUGUUCAGGAAGGGGGUGAAGAAGGUGUGGGGGCUGCUGGAAGGUGUCAGGUCCCUGGUACAACGACUCCACAGGCUCCUCCAAACCUUGGUGCCUGGUUUGCCUAAGACAGCCGUGGACAGGAGGAGGUAACAAGGAUUGUCCCAGCGGUGCCCUGGGGGUCUGAAGCGCUGCCUCGGAAUGUGGUGGGCAACACCAGCACACACCAGCAUGGCUGCUGGUUCUCGAGGGAAUUUUUGGGGAGUAUUUUUUUCUUCAGAACCUGUCUGGUUCUGUCUGCAGUGCUCUCACUGCAGUGUCCCUGCUCUGGCCUCACCUGCUUUUCCAUGACGGCCGAGGCAAAGCUCUGGUGCUGCUCCUGGGACCCACCCCAGGCUGCAGGGGCCACGGGGCAGCUUCACCUGCAGACCUCAGAGCCCAGUCCUUUCCCUGCCUACUCCACCUCCUUCCCACCAGCAGCAUCACUUCCCUGCUUUAAUGCAGAUCACAGGGUGGGCAGUUGUCAGGAAAUGCCAUGUUUUAAGUGUUUUCCUCCCACUCAAAAACUUCAAGAGAGAUUCCUCAGAGAGAUAGAGAAGCCUUAGGAAGCAUCAUACAGGGCAGGAACUAAUUUUUCUACAGUUCCCUGAAGUUUUUUUUAAACAAUUAUUAAUCCUUGAGCUUCACACCUGCCCAUAGCCCUGCAUCUCCUGCCUGUGGAGGUGGGAGUGCAUUUGGAUUCCCCUGGAACUUGCAGCUGUGCAGAAGGAUGGAGAAAUUAAAGAUUAACUUCCCCCUACUUCUGAGUCCUGCAGGCUGCAUCUCCUGACAUUUCACAAAUAUGUGAGUUCUUCUCAUGCAAUUGUCUGUAACUCACGGCCACAAACAGAGCGUGGCCCAGGCAAACACACCCUGUGUCACUGGUCUGCACACAGAAUUAAUUGGCAGCACUUUAAUUAUCCCAAAACUGUGCUGCAUACCAGAAGCUGUGGAUUGGUUUUGCCCCAGUGUGUCUCCCCUGUUUGUUGGUUCCUGACAGGAAACAAAUGCAAAUGGAUCCCAACAGCAGCAGCUGUUUAUUAGAGGAAAUAGCCUGUUCAAUUGGACAAAGGGAAAUCAACAGAGGGAAGUUUCAUCCAAAGGGCCGUGGAGAUUGCAAGAACGAAUGUGGGGAGUAGCUGAAGGCAGCUUUGAUGUAACCAGACUCAAAGUUAACUAGGAGUGCUCUGUGAAAGAACAAUAUUCUAUGCUAUCCAGGUUCAGUUAAAAUCAGGACCUGGGAAUACCUUCACUGGAAGGAGCUUGAUAAAGAAGCCUGGAAGCUUAUUUCAUAGAUCAGAAAAGGUUUGGGAUAAAAGGGAAUUUAAGAUCACUGAGUUCCCCCCCUACCAUGGAAGGGACAACUUCACUAUCCCAGGUUACUCCAAGCUCUGUCCAGCCUGGCCUUGGACACUUCCAGGGAUCCAGAGACAGCCACAGCUGCUCUGGGCACCCUGUGCCAGGGCAUGCCCACCCUCACAGGGAAGAAUUCCUUGCCAACGUCCCAUCUAUCCCUGCCCUCUGGCAGUGGGCAGCCACUGACCCUUGUCCUGUCCCUGCAGUUCCUGAUGAGGGGUCCCUCUCCAGCUUCCCUGUAGCCCCUUCAGCUCCUUGAAGGGGCUGUGAGGUCUCCACACAACCUUCUCUUCUCCUGGCUGAACAGUCCCAACUUUCUCAGCCUGUCUCCAUAGGUGCUCAAGUCCCCUUAUAACUUUCUGUGGCCCAUUUGAUGGAUCCUGUUUGCAUUGGAUCCUGUUUGCUCCUGUCUUCCAUCCAUCCUGAUGGAUUUACACCUCCCAAGCACUGCAGCCAGAGGCAGGCUGCUCCAAUCCAGCUGUUGCUGCCACAGGGCAAAGUGGAAGGCUCAGAGACACUCAGGCCUCCCCAGGCAGGAACUAUGAGCUCAUCAUUUGCUUUUGCACCUCUGCUCCCUCCCACUUAUCCAACAGCUCCUUCUCCAGGCUGCUGCAAGCACCAUCCCCACCUCCAGGCAGGAUAUUACCAUCUCAGUCAGCCCGAGGCAGUUACCCUAUUGAAAUGGGCGUCAAAAUCCCCCAAAGAAAAUUCUCAUCUUGGAACUGGACUUCCAAAUCCAUUAAAUGCAUCUGCAAACCUCAGCCACAAAGAGGAGCACAGUUUGAUCUGCCCAAUGUAUGUCACCUGCCCCAUGUGGUGCUUGAGCAUAAACAAUUGUAAAACAUUGAGAACUUCAAGCAAAAUCAAUCUGCAAGGAACCCCCAAACAAA